AGAUGACUGGCUCACUAUACUGGGUGAGAUCGAAUCAAUGAAGAGAACAUUAACGUCGGUUGAUCUGAAUAUCCGCAACAUCAUGCAUUGUAACGGAGGAGACGAUGAUGACGUAAUUAUGUUAGAUGAAGAAAUUCCAGCUAAAGUUAUAGUUAAAAAUUCCCAGAGCAGCACUGGUAACAGGGUUACGAAAAAUGAUGUCCGGUCGCAAUUGAAGUCGGAGCAAACAAAUAUUGUUUUGGUCUAUAAACCGCCUGGGUCUCCUGAUGGCAUAACAUUAACAACUGAAGAUAUUUCGUGCCUUUCACCUGGAGGUCUUUUAAACGACUCAAUAAUCAACUUUUAUUUGAAAUAUUUGUACUUUGAGAAACUGACAAAGUAUCAGAGGCAUGUUACUCACCUGUUCAAUGUGUUUUUCUAUACUCGAUUGACAUGCGAUUAUCCAUCGUCUACGACAAACAGAGAAGAGCUUUCAACGCAUAUUCAUCAACUACUCUCCUGGAUGUGAUUACCAUAAAGGUUUAGUCCUGAGAGGCUAAUUCUGAUGCCUUUGCACGCGUCUCAAACAGAGACA